AUGUUGUUCUACAUCUCUUUGGUGGCUUUCUUCUUCCUGCUGGUCAUGUUGAUGCACCGUUAUCGAGCGUUCGUUAUCCCGCAUGUUCCUGAGCGGGUCAGAUCGUUCUUCCCGAGGCUUUCCAACUACACCCCCCUUUCUACUUUCGCCGACCAGGUCAAUGCAGGCAUGACCUCAGAUUCUUUCGACAUUGAAGCCAACAUUGCGACUGGGGACUCGCGGAUGGGCUUGGACGAGCAGGGCACGAGAGAGGUUAGGGAAAUCAUGAGACGGGAACGUGUAAACUUCGACCAGGCGAGAUUAAUCAGACAGAAUCGUAUCCUCGCAGCCAAUGGCAUCGACCCUUCGGGCAUGCCGUUGGAUUCGAAAGCCAUUACCCGCCUGUAA